GGGAGGACUUGGUGGAUCAGUUUGUAGAUUUUUUGAAGACAAAACCUAAGAAGAUCUUUCUUAUUCUUCAAUUGUAUCGUGCAAGGAAAUUUCAGGGUCGUGUGGGUAUAACAAACAUGUUUAAUGUGACAAAGAUGCUGUUGAAUAGUGACAGUGAGGAGUGUGUGGAGUUUAAAGCGACGUUUGGGCCAGAUAAUGAUGAUGAUGAUGAUGAUGGCGAUGUUCUAGCCCUAGGCAGUUUCGUGACCCCUACUCAUCAAGAUGAUGUAGCAAACGGUGAAAUCAACUUGGUUUCGAUUGAUGAUCUAAUGAAAAUGAAAGAGGAUGGGAAACAUUGGAUCUAUGGAGAGAUUUUGGCAAUAGACAGUUACCGAGACUGGUCCUAUAUUUCUUGCAAGGGGUGCAGUAGAAAAGUGGCGUCUCAAGGUGGUAGUUUCAGGUGUGGAGUUUGCAACACCACAGAAGUGGUUUUAAGGUACAAGCUGAAUGUUAGGGUGAUGGAUGAAACUGGUCAUGCUUCAUUUGUGUUUUGGGACAAAGAAUGCAUUGCUUUGGUGGGAAAGACCGCAAAUACUCUCCAUGAAGAUAUUGAGAAGAAAGAUGUGGGACCUUACUAUUUUCCAGUUGAGAUUGAUGCGUUGGUUGAAAUUAAGGGGUUGUUUCGAGUUCAGACUAAGAGAGAAACUAUAAGCUACAAGGGUGUGGCAACAUUUAGUGUAAUUGGAAUGAAAUGUGAUCCUGCCGUUGUGUCUUUGUACAAGAACAAAGGAAAAUCAGUGGAAGAUGAAGAUGAUUUCACACUGCUCAAGAAGGAGUUUUCUGUGUCUGAGAAAGUCACGCUACUUGAUGAGGAGGAGACAAGCCCCCUGUUGAUAAAGGAACAAAGGAUAGCACUUAAGGUAGACAAUGAUGGCAUCAAGAGGAAGCUAUUUGUUGAGCCCACCCCAUUUGUCCAGCCAGUGAAGAGGUUGAGGAAAGUGAAGGUGGAAAAAGAGUAGGAGUGGAAAAUGACUAUGUUUUUGGCAAACUGAUGUACAGUAUACGUGCAUCAUUUGUAUGUUUUUGUUCCAUGGACCACUACAAACAUCUCUUGGUGUCUGUGUAAUAUCUAAGGAAAAUGAUUAGGUUAUGAUACAAACUUUUGAUGUUGAUUACUUGCUAAGUAAUUUAUUUUCAUCCUAAGUUUGUAAGGAAUGGCGUUUUUUGCUACGUGUUAUGUAACCUAUUCUUAAUCUAAUGCAUGCCGG